AUGCUGGUUUCCAACAAUUCAUGUGUACCCCCCAAAUAUUUUAUUCUUAAUGGAAUUCCUGGUCUGGAAAGAGUACAUGUAUGGAUCUCCCUCCCAUUCUGCACAAUGUAUAUCAUCUCCCUUCUGGGAAACCUUGGCCUUGUGUAUCUCAUUCAUCAUGAGGAGUCCUUACAUCAUCCAAUGUAUUUUUUUCUGGCAAUGCUCUCCCUCGUUGAUCUCUUUACCUGUACCACUACUCUACCCAAUGCACUCUGCAUCUUCUGGUUCAAUCUCAAGGAAAUUAACUUCAAUGCUUGUUUAGUCCAGAUGUUCUUUGUCCAUGGGUUCACAGGUGUGGAGUCUGGAGUGCUCAUGCUCAUGGCUCUGGACCGCUAUGUGGCCAUUUGCUACCCAUUGCGCUAUGCUACCAUACUCACUAACUCUAUCAUUGCCAAAGCUGGACUUGUCACCUUUCUGAGGGGUGCAUUGCUGAUGAUUCCUUUUCCAUUCUUGGUUAAGCGUUUGCCCUUCUGCCAAAGCAAUAUUAUCUCCCAUACAUAUUGUGACCAUAUGUCAGUGGUGAAGUUAUCCUGUUCCAGUAUCAAGGUCAAUGUCAUCUAUGGUCUGAUGGUUGCCCUCCUGAUUGGAGUGUUUGAUAUCUGCUGUAUAUCUGUAUCAUACACUAUGAUCCUUCGGGCAGUGGUCAGUCUCUCCUCAGCAGAUGCUCGGCAGAAAGCCUUCAGCACCUGCACUGCCCAUAUAUCUGCCAUUAUUGUCACUUAUGUUCCAGCAUUCUUCACUUUCUUUACCCACCGUUUUGGAGGACACACUAUUCCCUCUUCUCUUCAUAUCAUUGUGGCUAAUCUUUAUCUUCUUCUUCCCCCAACUCUUAACCCCAUUGUUUACGGGGUAAAGACAAAACAGAUUCGAGACAAUGUCAUAAAGCUCUUCCAGGGUGAGAAAGGUGCAAGUACUCAGGACAAUUGA